UCUUAAAUACAUACAAAUAAUAUGAAAAGUUAAGAGAAAAUUUUUAUUAAGAAAAUAUAAUCUUUAGCUUAAUCAAAUUAUUUAAUAAAAUCAAAUCAAUUGAAAAGAUAUUAAAUAGAAGUAAAAAUGGAAUUUUCAAACGCUUUACUUAGCUAGACCAAAUUACCUGGUUAACAAUAUGAUUACAAGAGAUGCUUUUAAGCUUCUAAUACCCAUUUCGAAUGUUUAGACUCAAUUAGAGAUGCCUAUGAUAAUCAUCACAAGUGCCCUUAAACUUACUAAGCUUGGUAAUCAAGCUGUGACGUUGGUAUUAGAAGAUAUUAAAUGGAUAACAGAGAGUAAUAAAAAAAAGAUCAAUUGUUAUACUCAAAGGAGCAACUUAAGAAUUAUAACGCUGCUAAAAAUAAGGAAGCUUAUGGUAUUACUGCUCCUAAGAAUUUGAGUUUCGCCUUUUGA